CCGUCUUAGCCACUGAGCCACCCAGCCGACCACCCGACACACAGACACACACCCGCCCCCCGCCUCGGGGGAGGCCAUGCCUCGCUUCAAGAUCUCCCGCAAGAAAAGGAAAAGUCCUCGCUUUCUGCCCGUCGGGGACCGCUGCAGCCUUGGGGGGCCAUCGGGGCAGGGCGGUCGGACGGACACCCGUCCAGAGAUGACGCUCCGGGGCCGAGAGAGUCCAGCCUUGGGCCGCCUGCCUUGAAGCUGCUCGCCCGCUUCCCGGUUCGUGGCUGGAAGACGAGACGAGACGAGCCUCCGCGACCCUCGUUCUUGGGGCGCCCUGCCUUGACCGCGGCCGUUGGCUUUCCCUCCGUCGGGGCCCCCACCGUCGCUCGUCCAGUCCCCCCCACCCUUCCUCCACCCUUUCUCCUUGCUGCACCGAUGUCGCCGCUUUCCAGCAGCCGCUUGGAGAACGACCGAGAUCCCAGCACUUACGGCCGCCUCCAGCCUUCCCAACCUCACCUGGAUAGAGUCGGGGGUCGCCGCUGGUUCCUCCUGCUCGCCUGUCUCCUGAGCCCGUAACUACUUCCAGCCCUGGAGGAGUUGCAUGCGCUCCUUUAUCGUCCUUAAUCUUCCCGGCGUGUGCUUGCAAAACUACUGUAUGGGCUUGCUCUUUUCUUCCAGUGGCUUGAAUUCCGUCUAAGGCUCGAAGGAAACUUCAGGAACUUCAAAGGAUGGGAAAUCCUCCUGCCUGAAACUUGGAAGGCUGCCAAGAAAAAAAAAAACUAGAACGGGGUGGCUGAGAAUGUAGGAUGGGAGCUUCCCAACUGCCCUCUUUGGGGAUCUCCCCCUCCACACCAACCCAAAAGUGCCCAGGUGUUUGUGGCCUUCACUGACUUUGGGUGUUGCCUCCAUGGAAGCUACCAGCCAGGACUUGAACACCUGUGGCUUCGGUUCCACCUAACCAGACUUCCCACCGACUUCCUUGCCCUACUCUUCGUCCUGCCCAGCUGACCCUGGAAGCCGAAGGGGAUGCAACUGGCCAAGCCCCAGCUUGCUGCCAAGGUAUAUCCAGUGCCAACAAAGGCAUGGGGAGGGCUCUGUCUUCUGCCACCGCUGACUGACCUUUGAUCCCCCUGCCAAGGAGGUGGGGGGAGGUGAGGAAAAAGCCAGCUGCCUUUCAAUGUGACGGGACCUCCCUCCUCCUGCUCCAACCUCUCACCCGCGAUGGAGCUGUCCGAGGUACGUUGCUUGAGCGACAGCGACGAGUUGUACACCAUCAACCAGACGCCCCCUAGCGGCAGUGCCCGCUCCCAACGCCUGCUGUGGCAGACUGCCGUGCGCCACAUCACGGAGCAGCGUUUCAUUCAAGAGCACUGCAGCGGCAAAGCCCUCGACGCCGAGGAGUCCUGCUGCCCCAACCACAGCCACCCUUCCCGGCGCCAGUCGGCGGGCAAGAGCCUCAGUGGCCACAACAACGGGGGCACCAAAGUCUUCCCCGAGCGCAGCAGCAGCAGUGGCGACCUGGGCUUCCUGCACCUGGAUUGCGCUCCCAGCAACUCCGAUUUCUUCCUGAACUGGGGCUACACCUACCGGGGGGUGAUCUUCCCCACCUUACGCAACUCCUUCAAGUCCCGGGACUUGGAGCGCCUCUACCAGCGCUACUUCCUGGGCCAGAGGCGGAAGUCGGAAGUGGUGGUGAACAUCUUGGAUGUGCUCACCAAACUGACCCUCCUGUUGCUCCACCUGACUUUGGCCUCGGCCCCCAUGGACCCCCUCAAGGGCAUUCUGCUGGGCUUCUUCACGGGCAUUGAAGUGAUCAUCUGUGCCUUAGUGGUGGUCAGAAAGGACACGACCUCUUACACCUACCUGCAGUACAGCGGUGUGGUCACCUGGGUGGCCAUGGCCACCCAAAUCUUGGCUGCGGGCUUGGGUUGUGGCCUCCUUGGCGAUGGCAUUGGCUACGUGCUCUUCACUCUCUUUGCUACCUACAGCAUGCUCCCUCUGCCCCUCACCUGGGCUAUUUUGGCCGGCUUGGUUACCUCCCUCCUACAGCUCCUUAUGCAGACCUUCAUCCCUAGGCAGGUGGUGAUCUCCAUCAACCAGGAGCGGCUGGUUCUCUCUGUGUUACCUCGAUUUGUUGUGCUAGAAAUGAUUAAUGACAUGAGCAAUGUGGAGGACGAACAUUUGCAACAUCAGUUCCAUAAGAUCUAUAUUCACCGUUAUGAAAACGUCAGCAUUCUUUUUGCAGAUGUGAAAGGAUUCACCAAUCUCUCUACAACAUUAUCGGCUCAAGAGUUGGUUCGGAUGCUGAAUGAACUUUUUGCCAGAUUCGAUCGCUUAGCACACGAACAUCACUGCCUUAGAAUUAAGAUCCUGGGAGAUUGCUACUACUGUGUAUCUGGGCUUCCCGAGCCUCGGCAGGAUCACGCUCAUUGUUGCGUUGAGAUGGGACUCAGCAUGAUCAAAACCAUCAGGUAUGUUCGAUCAAGGACGAAGCAUGAUGUGGACAUGAGGAUCGGCAUUCACUCCGGAUCCGUGCUAUGUGGAGUUCUGGGUCUGCGGAAGUGGCAAUUUGAUGUCUGGUCAUGGGAUGUAGACAUUGCGAACAAACUUGAGUCAGGUGGAAUACCUGG